ACAAGUCGGAUGACCUCUCCCCAGUGUCCUGCUGAGAUAUUAUCUCCCAGUUCCAGCCCCAGCCCCCUCCAAACUCUGGACUCUCUCUUUGCCCUGUCCUCCACUUCUAUAAUGGGACACUCCCCACUAACAGGUGAUUCAGGCACCCAGGCCAAGGAGGGUGAUUAGGGUGAGGGCUGCCUCUGACAAACAAGUGCCCAAGCUAGAUGGGCCAGGGACCCUUCUCAACUCCAUCAUCUGCCUCCAGUUCAUCUUCUGGGGAAGUCCUCUUGUCACCUGCCCCUAGAGCCCUCUUCCAGCAUCUCCUAAGCAGGAGAAGCCACACACUGAUGGAGACACCUCUUGAGAAGGCCCUGACCACUAUGGUCACCACUUUCCACAAAUAUUCGGGGAGAGAAGGCAGCAAACUGACCCUGAGCAGGAAGGAACUCAAGGAGCUGAUCAAGAAGGAGCUGUGUCUUGGAGAGAAGAUGAAGGAGAGCAGCAUUGAUGACCUGAUGAAGAGCUUGGACAAGAACCGUGACCAGGAGAUCGACUUCAAGGAGUACUCAGUGUUCCUGACCACUCUGUGCAUGGCCUACAAUGACUUCUUCCUGGAGGACAGCAAGUGACCAGAGCUCAGCCCCUUGCCUGUGGCCUCUGUAGCUCCUCUCACAGACCCUCUGUGGACCCUUGCCCUCCUCUCCCUUCCGGACAGACCCUGCUUCGGCCUUCCUUCUGGCAGGGGAAAUAAAAAUGUUUGAUUCCA